GGGGCCCCCCGGGCAAUAGGGGAUCAUAGGGCCCCAGUGUCCUCGCCCACGCUCAAAGCACACCCAAAAAAGCCUAUAAAAAGUCUGCCCAUAGAUGGUUCCAAUCUCGACCGGUCCCUUCUGAAAUGGCCAAAAUUCAAACCAUCUAUGACCGGCUUUAGUAGCAGAGCCAUGAGCAGGGGUGGACUGACAACUCAUGGGGCCCCCGGGCAAUAAGGGAUCAUGGGGCCCCUGUGUCCUGCCCAAACUCAAAAAAGCCUAUGAAAAAUGUACCAGGGGCAUCUCAUGGGGCCCCCUACUGACCCCGGGCCCUCGGGCAGUGCCCGAGUUUCCAAAUGGUCAGUCCACCCCUGAC